AUAGAAACAAACGAAAACAUAGCGUGAAAAAUGGAAACUGUUGAUCAAAUUUUCUUACUGUUCAGCAUCGGCAUGAUCAUAAUUAUACUCGUUUUUUCAUGUGGCGGCGAUAGUACUAGUCCCACAGGAUUACCUGCCGAGACAAUCGACCAAACUCCGCAGCCUCAACCAGACAUUGAAACUGGACAAAGGAAAGUCCUAAUGUUCAAAGAUAUCGAACAAGAAGAAGAAGGAGGCGGUAAACAGAUUUGUUCAAUUUGUUUGGAAGAGUACGAGGAUGAUCAUGAGAUUAUGCGUUUAAACAAGUGUGAACAUAUUUUUCAUCGUUUUUGCAUUGACUCUUGGCUUGCACGUCACUGGAGCUGUCCAAAUUGUCGUCGUUCUGUUGAUCUGAAUUCUUGAGUUUUUUUGGUCUUCACAUUAUAAUCGUUUCAGUAAUUUACUAGGUAAUAUUAUAAGUUCUGUUAAUCAUUGAAGGGUAGAUUGUCAAUAUUUUAUACUAAUCAAAGUUUUGGUCAAAGGUUUCACAAUCGAACUCAAGUUGACUUUGAAGCUAUGUUUGUUUUAUUAGAACAUAGAUACUCUUUUAUUAUUGGUCUA